GUUACCUUUCGUAAGUUGGAGGAGACAGAGCAUCAGGAGCUUUCAUAGAGUCCCCAGAGCCCCAAAACCGACAACUUACACCUCGUUACCUCCGCUGAGCCUCUGGAAUUCGUCAAGAUGAAGCUCUCCAGCAGCGUUUUCUCGCUGGGCAUGGCCGGUCUCGCCGUCGCCACUCCGGUCCCCGUGCACCUCGACAUCCGCGCCGAUAACUACUGGUACAUGAGCGGCUGGGGCAAUCCCAACUGCCAGGGUUCCUUCUUGUGGGCCUACCAGGGGAACGGCAACGCAUGUGUCAAUGUCCCGGCGAUGGCGGCGUCGGUCAGCUUCGGCAUCUCCCCUGGUGUGGCGGAGCUUUCACUGGUAAACUUCCCAACCUGUGGACUCGCGCGCUCCGCUCUCGUCGCCGGAACCCCCGACGCUACAACCAGCGACUUCAGUCCCACUGUGCAGCUGAUAGAGGUCAACGGUGACGGCGACAGCGGCCUCGAAAAGCGACAAGUCCACACCACUUGCCACAACAGCAAUGUCGGGGUUUGGGCUUUCCAAGUCAGAUGGGUUUGAUCGGGUAGACGAGGAGUGUUGCGUAAAGAAUUUUUCGGUCAUGGAAUCAUGAGGAAAUUAUCGAGGGUAGUUGCAUUGACCCGAUCUCGGCCCGCUGCCUGGUAGAUGGUUGUGCUGAUAGGAUGCGAUAACAAAGAGACCCAUUUUACAGGAAUUACAACUCAUGUCAUAA